UCAAACAAUAUAAGUAUAUAUGUACCAUGCAUGUGCUUACUAUAAGCUAGCCUGAGUGAGAGUAGUUAACAACAAGCAAGUGCCUCUACCAGUUAAGAAAGAAAGCUUGCUAGAGCUAGGCAACAACACACAAAAGGUAGCCAUGGCGGUGGUGGACAAGUGGACGGGCCUAGGUUCGGCUCUGGCGAGCUUCCUGUUCCUGUGGUCCAUGGUGCAGAGACACGUCCCCGUCACGCUCAGCCACCGCGUCGCCACCUGGGCCAACAAGCUCGCCUCCUACCUCAACCCCUACCUGGAGAUCACCAUCUCCGAGUACGGCGCCGAGCGCUUCCGCCGCAGCGACUUGUUCCUCGCCGCCGAGGCCUACCUCUCCGACGCGUGCGCGCUGCGCGCCCGCAAGCUCAAGGCCGAGAUCGGCAGGGACAGCAGCAACCUCCAGGUCUCGGUCGGCGACAACGACGAGGUCACCGACGACUUCCAGGGCGCCACGGUCUGGUGGUACGUCGCCAAGAAGGUGCCCAGGUCCAACGUCAUCAACCUCUACGGCAACCAGGACGAGCCCCGCUUCUACCGGGUCGUCUUCCACCGCCGCCACCGCGACCUCGUCGUCGCCAAGUACCUGCCCCACGUCCUCCGGGAAGGCCGCGCCGUCACCGUCCGCAACCGCCAGCGCCGCCUCUUCACCAACAAUCCCAGCGGCGGCGGCCGUGGGAGGGGCGACGUCUGGAGCCACGUCGCGUUCGAGCACCCGGCCACGUUCGACACGCUCGCCAUGGACCCUGAGGAGAAGGAGGAGAUCCUCGACGACCUCGAGGCGUUCCGGGAGGCUAAGGACUACUACACCAAGGUCGGCAAGGCGUGGAAGCGAGGGUACCUGCUCUAUGGACCCCCCGGCACCGGCAAGUCCACCAUGAUCGCCGCCAUGGCCAACUUCCUCGACUACGACGUCUACGACCUCGAGCUCACGGCGGUCAACAACAACACCGACCUGCGGAAGCUCUUCAUCGAGACCACCGGCAAGUCCAUCAUCGUCAUCGAGGACAUCGACUGCUCCGUCGACCUCACCGGCAAGCGCAAGGACGACAAGAAGCAGGCAGACGGCGGUGCUGACAAGCCCAAGCUGCCGAUGGAGCCUGAAAAGGACGAAGGCAGCAAGGUCACCCUUUCAGGGCUGCUCAACUUCAUCGACGGGCUCUGGUCGGCGUGCGGCGGCGAGCGCAUCAUCAUCUUCACAACCAACCACAAGGACAAGCUGGACCCGGCGCUGAUCCGGCGAGGCAGGAUGGAUCGGCACAUCGAGAUGUCCUACUGCCGUUUCCGGGCGUUCAAGGUGCUCGCCAAAAACUACCUGGACGUCGAGGAGCACGAGCUGUUCGGCCAGAUAGGGCAGCUGCUUGAGGAGACAGACAUGUCACCGGCAGAUGUGGCAGAGAACCUGAUGCCCAUGUCCAAGAAGAAGAAGAAGAGGGACGCCAACGUGUGCCUGGAGAAUCUUGUGGAGGCUCUGAAACAGGCCAAGGAGGAUGCGGCCAAGGCCAAGGAGAAAGCAGAGGCGGCAAAGAAGAAGGCUCAAGAGGAAGACGACGCAAAGAAAGGCAAAGGACAAGACCAAGGCGAUAAAACGUCAGAAUCCAAGAUGAGCAACGGACACAUCAAAUGAGAUGACAAAUGACAGGUCCUCAGUAUGUCAAACAAUUAAUGAAGUACAAAUAUAAGACUGCUAAGAUAUGCUAUCAGAGCAAUUGGGGGUACAUUAUUUAUAUUGGAAUUGGAACAACUAGGACGCACGAUCUGAACAAUACACACACUCGUGUCUGUAAAAUUAGUGGAUAACAUGUAUUCAUGAUUCUAAUAAUAGAAGACAACAUCAAAAAGUACUCAGAUGGUAGGAUAUAUAUAUAGUUAAAAGUAAGUUAUGAUUGUCAUUUUCAUACGUGUA